AGGACUUCCACUUUCCUCUGUUCAUGACGCUGGUCCAUCUCGUAAUCAUUUUCAGUUUCUCCACACUGACACGCUUUGCCAUGCAAUGCUGGACGGGAAAGCCUCGAGUGACACUUCCCUGGAAGGUUUACCUUUCUAAAGUGGCCCCGACAGCCCUGGCAACAACGCUGGAUAUCGGAUUGUCCAACUGGAGCUUCCUUUUCAUCACUAUUAGUUUGUACACCAUGACCAAGUCUUCAGCUGUUCUCUUCAUUCUCUUUUUCUCUCUGGUCUUCAAACUGGAGGAGCCGAACCCAUUCCUUAUCCUCGUGGUGUUGCUGAUAGCCAGUGGUCUGUUCAUGUUCACUCUGAAGUCCACUCAGUUUAAUCUGGAGGGUUUCAUCAUGGUCCUGUUGGCCUCUUUCAUCGGAGGGAUCCGCUGGACUCUUACUCAAGUGCUCAUGCAGAAAGCAGAGCUUGGCCUUCAGAACCCCAUAGACACUAUGUACCAUCUGCAGCCUCUCAUGUUCCUUGGCCUCUUUCCUCUGUUUCUUCUUAAUGAGGGGCUGAGUGUGAGUACCACAGAGAAGCUCUUCAGGGUAAGUGAGCUCUCCCACCUGCUCUACUCUCUGGUGACUCUGUCUGUGGGUGGAAUGCUGGCAUUUGGGCUGGGCUUCUCUGAGUUCCUGCUGGUGUCCCGCACCUCCAGUCUGAUGCUAUCUAUUGCAGGCAUUUUUAAGGAGGUGUGCACUCUGCUGCUGGCAGUGGAGUUCAUGGGGGAUAAAAUGAGCACAGUCAACUGGUUGGGCUUUGCUGUGUGUCUGUCUGGCAUAUCACUGCAUGUUGGCCUCAAAACAUACUACAACAAAGGUAAGACUCAUUCCGAUUAUGCCU